AUGGCACAUGUAGGGCUUUGGCGUCGGCUCUGUAAGGAGCUGGAUGUGCCCAGCAAUGAGCAGAGGGCAGAAGCUCGUCCCGUGUUUGUACAGGCACGCGCCAACCUACGGAGCUUGGUCGGAUGCAGCGGCGAUAAAACACUUCGUUGCCCUUGUGCAAACCCGCCUGAUGCCCAGCUGUGCCCGGCCGCAGAAACCCGAGCGAAAGCGGAGUCGUUUGAAUCCGAUCCGAAAUCAACAGAGUGGCUGGGAGAGGGAAGGGGGAACCGAGACGGGAUGCAGGGAGAAAUUACUUUCCUCCGUCGAAGUUAUUACGAAUCAGUGUUUAAGAAGAAUUUGCCGUGCAAACCGAUGCAGACACUUGACAGAAGAAUCCACACGCACGGCGCGGCGCCCGCGCCCGCCAGCAAGGACCUCAAGUUCGGCAUCGACCGCAUCCUCUCGGCCGAGUUCGACCCCAAAGUCAAGGAGGGCAACACCCUGAGAGAUCUGACCUCCUUAUUAACUGCCGGCCGCCCAAGCGGGGUUCAUCUCCCCAGCUUGCAGCCGUCCGCCAGCCAGUUCUUCGCUUCUCUAGAGCCCAUUAACGAGGCCUCUGCUAUCCUGGCUCCCUUAAACACAAACCCCAGGAGCUCAGUGCAGCACCAGUUUCAAGACACUUUUCCAGGUCCGUACGCGGUUUUAACCAAGGACACGCUGCCUCAGACGUACAAGAGGAAACGCUCCUGGUCCAGGGCGGUUUUCUCCAACUUGCAGAGGAAAGGUUUAGAAAAGCGGUUCGAAAUCCAGAAAUAUGUCACCAAGCCGGACAGAAAGCAACUCGCGGCGAUGCUGGGGCUCACGGAUGCUCAAACAUUUUACAAUGUGAAGUAUUUUGCCGACGUCCUCAUCGGUUGCAACGUGUUGCUUUGA